UUUAAUGGUGGUCGUUUAUAUAUUUAAGGUGAUUUAUUUAGAAAAUAUUUAUUUAUGAAAAGUAUUGGUUAUAUUUUAAAUUAAAUUAAAAUUGAUGGUAUAAGUUUCAUGUGAUCACUAUACUUGAACUAUUAUUCAUUUCCAUAAAAAAUAAGUGAUCGACCAUCACGUAUGGUAUGCCGUUCGCGCAGGAGGGUGACUUCUGAAAACCGGCAACGAAUACUUUUGUGUUUUUUUUUGUUUUAUUUGAUUACUGAACAAAACUCAUUAGUAGUUUUGAUGGCGUCUUUGUGAGUGAGUGUGGUGUAUCGAGCACUGAAUGUAUCAGUGUUCGAGUUCCUGUCUUUUUUACGCGUGGAAGUCAAUGGAUAUAUUUUAAGAGCAAUUGUAAUCGUGAGCGGCCAUCCCAAGAUGAUGGUGGAGACCAUCCUCGAGUCCUCACAGGACUUCGGCAUGUCGAAUGGUCCGCUGCCGCAAUGGAAGCGCGAGCUGCUGCAGAGACGUGCGGCGCGCUCUCGACCGCCUGCACCACCUGCCGCUCCUCCUCCGCAGCCACCACCUCCUCCGCCACCACCCGAAGACGACGAAGAGCUCAGUUACGGGCCCGGCAUCGUAAAGCGUCUAAAAUCGCGAUACCUCAGCCUAGCGCUGCGAGAAGCGCCUCGCCGGCGACCCUCCGUGCUACGAAGGGCCGCUUCGCUUGAGCACCUCCUGGAUGAGCGCCCGCCACCUGCCCCGCGUCCAUCUGCGCGUCCAGCCCGACCUGUGUCGCUCGCCGCUCCACCUCCCGCCUCGGUCCCAAUUCGCCGCGAUUCCGUCAAGCGCGCGCGGUCUGUGGACGCGCUCAGCCGUCUCGAUGAGCCUCCUCCUCAGGCGCCGCCCUCGCCGCUGCCUCGAGCCCCACGUCCGCCUCGUCGACCGGCUCCUCUGCUACGCGACACCGAGCGACCGCCACCCGAUGUUGUUCGUUCCACCCUUCGAAAGUUCGAGACGACACCUCCUAGGCGGUCUGCGCCCGCCGCCCGUGUAUCCGCCGUGGUGCGAGGUCUGGAGGCCCCACGUACCUCGACGCCAGAACCUCGCGCGCGAUCCCCGAGCCCGGCCGCCGCCGACCUCUCCGCCAUCGACGAACCCGAAGGCAAAACCCUUUCGCUCGAAACCAAACAGGUAUCGCAGGCGGCGUUAGAUGGAAUCGCACGCGCCGGUUCCACGGUGCGUUACUCGUUCGAAUCGCCAAAGUUGGGUUCUCAUCUGCCGCCAUUGGCGACCACGAACCCCGUUCUGCUAAAUCGUGUACGCCUAUCUGCAUCCCCGCGUAGAGUUGGUGUCAUUAAGCCUAUGCCGGCACCGUGUGCCGAUGUCGCGUCUCCACCACCGGAGCGAACUGCGGAUGUCGUAGAUGAGCUGCCACGCCUCGAGACUCCACCUCCGGAUGCGCCAGAAAUCCCGGCGGCGGCCAAGACUGAGCGAAAAGAUCCUCCACCAUCCGCCGUCGUCGAACCCAUUCCAAGAUCGCCUCCGGAAAAAACCGAAAUGGGACGAGAUCAGAGCGCAUCUCGCGAGCCGUCGCCGGAAGUUGAUCUGAAACUGGAGCCGCAAGUGAAAUUGGAGAGUCCAAUAAUUAGUGAGAAGCCUUUAAUGAACGGUCACGCAACUCCAGAAAGGAGCCUGAAGACGGCAGGUGUGGAGCGUGCUUGGACUGGAGCGAGCCCUGGAGGAGGAGCAGGCUCGCGACGGCUGCGGUCGGCGGUGCCGGCCUCGACGUCCGUGGUCUUCAACUUUUCACAUCGCAAGGAAGUACCCGACUACAUCGAAAAUGAUGGCAUCGUGCUGCGAGCUGCCAAGAGGAAUCGCUUUAAGGCGGGUGAGAGUGGUGUAGUCUUACUUAAGGGCGCUGAAGUACCUGCGGAGUCGGAUAGCGACGGUGAGGGAGAGAUUGACGGGGCGCGGUCCCCUUCGCCAUGUAGCGUACGGUUCGUUAACGACAACGUACUGAUCAAUGGACGAUCGUCGAUGCUAGCGCGCACGCCAUUGCAUCGCGAACGAGCUGCUAAGUUGAAGCUCCAAUUCGACGACUCACUGACGCGGACCUUUGAAUAUCCCUCCGAGAUUUCACUCUGCGAAGAUCAGCCCGCUCCUGCCGCUUCACCCGCUGCCACACCCGCUACCACACCCGCUCUAGCCACAAAUACUACAAUUGGUGGAGGCAGCGGCGGUCUAUCCAGAUACACGCCUAGUAAGACUGUCGCUGACACAUUCGAGCUGGGACUGUCAAGAACGCACCAAGCCCCGGAGGCUAGCGAUUGUAAAGUGACAAGCAACGGAGCGGAUGUGGAGGCGGGAGCGGAAGCGGAAGCGGCUGGAGAAAGUGGAGACGCGCGUCCCUGUGCCGCUGAUUCCGCUCGCUCCUGGUCUGAAUCGCGCACACACACCACUGAUUUACUUUUCUGAACACAAAUCUGAAUCUGAAUUCGCAAUUAUGUGUAGGUUGAAUUGAGGGUAUGAUUCAAUAUCGAGCUAAAGCUAAGUAAAGUGGGAAAUUUGACAAACGUGAGUCAUGCUUAGCGCCAAUCUUGAAUUACUCAUACCAACAGCGUACAAUACCCGAUGUUCGUGUACGUAGUAUUUAACUUGUUCAAAAAUGUACGCCGAGGUUCAAAUAUCAAAUAUUUCAGUAAAAAAGUAUGUACUAGGCGUGCGUUGGACCGGCGACGAGUCUUUAAUUGUGAUAUGACUCGUUCAAAAUCCAUCAAUUCGAAAACAUCACGUGAUGGUACGUACAUCGACUAGUUUUAAAAGUGAAUAUUUUUUAUAUCCUCGUUAUGAGAAACAUGCCGACUGUGAUACGUGAACCAUGAGAGUGGACACUCAAUUUGCAAAUCAAAAACUAUUUUUAAAGUAGCAUUUUGUACUCGUUUAUGUCCCUCAAUAUACGGGAAAUUAGUAUAGACAUAUAUCUGAAUUGCUCAAUGUAUCCGUGUAUCAGAUAAACCUCAUUAUUUAAGUAAAGGCAUCGCAUUUAUCAUCAGUCUUUAUCACUGCCAUGCAAUAAUUUCCUAUAAGCUAAACAAAGAGAUGUAAUAUGAAAUUGUACAUUGACCGAGUGAAAAUGUGAUUUAUUCAUUCCUAACCUCAUUCCGGAGAUAAAAUAUUUUGGAAAAUUUUACAAUAUUUUGUAGACCUGUAGCAUUUAAAUAGUCUGUGUGUAUUGAUGUGUAUAUAUUCGAUUGGACUAUUGCAUUAUAGUAUUCUGAAAAUUAAAAAUAUUGCUUUUUGAAUAUAUAUAAUCACAAUGCAUUUUGUGUGAAUUGUAGGGUUGAGCUCGCUUGUGGCUUAAGUGUGCAAAGUAUUUUUAAUAAGGACUAUGACAAAGUCGUAUCCCUAAUCAAAGAAGUAUGUUUAAUUUUUCUUCAGACAGUUUGUAGAAUAAUCAUUCCUUUAUUUUGCUUGUAUUACUUUGUGAUAAUUUGCAUUUUAUAUAAAUUAUGUUAUGUUCAAGUUCUCUAAAAUAUAAAUGAAUGUAAUGAAAUUAAAAACAAUCUUUGAAUGUCUUAUGGAAUGUGUAGAUUUAGAAAACUGUUCAUUAAGAAUGGUUUUGCAUCAUAUAGAUGCCGCUUUAGUUGAUAGUAAAUACUUAAGCAUAGAGAAUAGACUACAAGAACCGGCUAUCAAAUAAUUAAAAAUAAAAGAAUAGCGAAAAUCACUGUGGUUUCUUGUCGUAUUUAAUCUUAGAAGAAAAAUUAUGGUCUUUUCUCUAUGGCUAAGCACUAUUCGGGAAUGAGCUGACGACACGCUCUGAGAGUGUCAUAUUGUCUCUGUCCUACUCCCACGGGUGGGACGUACUUGCCAAUGCCUAGUUGUAUCUUAUGCGUAUAUGAUAUAUAAUAAUAAUGCAUUUAGUGAUAGCUUAGUUUUAUUUGGGUUUGCAACGGUCGUUUCUGUACGUGAAAGAAUUUAUUGUUGAAUGCUGGAAGCAAGAAAGUUAAAGCCAAAAGGAAACGCGUUUUAGAGACGGAUUAACUCGUAGCGCUUUAGUUAAGUUUGACUGUGCUCUAGUAUUUAAGGCUACAUGUACUGAUGCUAAACGGCAAUAAAAUCAAUUGUAUACAAAAA